AUGGCUCUCUCCGCUGUAAAGUUGGCUCUCUUUGCCUCACUGCCGCUCGCUUCGGCUUGGAUCCCGACUGUCAAGUCCGUUUACGAAUUUGGCAAUGUCGCCGAUCCGGCUCUGAACCGCGAUUCUUGCGGCUCUGUGCGGGUCGACGACCGCAUGCUCUGGACAUGCCGCGAUACCCAAGGCUUCGGAAGUGACGGCAAGCCCUCGCUGCCCAUCUGGUCCAGCAGCGCGUCUUGGUCCAACUUCAACGGACUGGCACUGCCGGAUACGCGCAUGUACUCGACGAGCAGCCGCAACCCUUACUUUGCGCAGCUCUCGAGCGAAUGCCCCGGCAACACUGCAGGAGGUUGCAGCGAUGGCACGCGCUAUGCCAUCUGGCCCGACCAACCGCCUGUAAUCACGUCCAAGAACGGCAACCUCUGGACUGGGUACACGUGGAUCGCUCGGCAGCACAUUCGCAACGACUUUAGCAGCGUGGUCAAGGACCCCAAAGUCUCGCUGUACAAGUUUGUCUACGACGUCAAGAGCCAGGACCGCAACGCCGUGCCUCGCAUGACGAUUGUCAAGGAAGCCAUUUUCCCGCAAGGCAGCUUCCCCUUCGGCACGCACGGCAGCGCUGUCAAGGAUGGCCUCGUCUUCCUUUGGGGCAAGGCGUCCAACGGGCGCAUCGCAAUGGCGCGCGUGCCGACUGGAGCGGUCGAGGACGCGAGCAGGUACGAGUACUAUGUCAAUGGCAAAUGGACCUCGCAGCGGCCCAGCAUCGACAACAAGGGUGUCGAGGUGGCCAACUCGAGCGCCGGCGGCCAAGGCACGUACUUUUACUCGCCGUUCUGGAAGAAGUGGGUGUGGAUUGGCCAAGGGUUCUUCAGCGUCGCGGCGGACUUCUACAUUACGACUGCUGAUAUUCCCGAAGGACCUUGGGACACGCCGCAGAACUUUUACAAGGGAAAGAACGGCAACCAGCCGUUGUCGGCCUACACGCUGCAGGCACACCCCGGCAUGGACUUGGCUGGAUAUCACAACAGAAAUGACAUUUUCAUCUCAUACACCAAGACUGACGAGGUAUACAGCACGCCGCUUAUCCGUGUGUUUUUCAACUAG